GAUAUCUAUGUAUAUAAAAUUUCUUUUUUUAUUUCUACUUUUUUGACAAACGCAUUUUAUUGUUAAAUAGGCGAGGUGAUCGUGCAUUUGUGCAUGUCAUUGGGCUAUUAUAUAAUCCUAAGAAGGCUGAGAACCACUCGAAAGACUAAAUAAUAUUGUGAUUUUUUUAAAAGAUCAUGAUCAGCAAAAAUGCUAUGUACCCAGUAGUAACGCUUGCGCUUGUCAAUGAUCGUUUAAAAAAGUCACAAUAUUAUUUAGUCUUUCGACUGGUUCUCAGCCUUCUUAGGAUUAUACAAUAGACCAAUGACAUGCAUAAAUGCACGAUCAACUCGCCUAUUUAACGGUAAAAUGCGUUUGUCAAAAAAGUAGAAAUAAAAAAGAAAUUUUGUAUACAUAGAUAUCACAGAGGUACCCAAUAUCCAACCUUUUUAGUUUAAACAAGAACUGUACAAUGCCGAGUCCUAAAAAGCAUAUAAUCAGAUGCACCUUAUAAAUCUCUAUCUUACUCUAUAAUAGAAAGCUAAUCAUUUGAAAUUUUAAAAACCGGCGAUAUCCACGUAUCCAAAACAUAUAAAAAAGUGGUCAAUCUUGUAAUACUUUUUUUACCGUGAUACAAAAAUCAAAAACAGUUCGUGGAUUAGAAUGAGCAUUCCCAACCUUAUCGAAUGGUAUAUUUUAUUCGUUCAACGUAUCGUCUAAGGUCACAACAAGACGACUAUUUUCGUAUGAAUGAUUUUUUUCCUGAUGAAUAAAUAUUUUCACGUAUAUUUUCGACACCUGGGACGAUCUUGUUGACAAAAAAAUGACAGGGUUAAGAUUCUGGUUUCCAAAAAAUCAUUGUUGAGGAUUUAGCGCAAUUUUGCUCUAAAUUUCAACAAUUUUGAUGACUUUUUAAACGAAUGAGAUAAACCCUCAAGUUUGCAGUCAAAGUUACUGUAAUGAUUUUUCGAAUUUCUUUUUCAAAUUCUCUUGGCAUUCUUUUUAAAUCUGUUAAUUUGACUGAACGAUUGUCAUCACUUUUUAGCAUGGUUGUGUUUAUGUUAAACGCAAUGCAAAAGUUGAAUUAGAUACAUUACGUAAAAGAAUGUCCAAAAUUAAACAAGGUGGUUUACCAGUAUGGUUAGUUAUAUUUCCCGAAGGUACGCGUUAUAGUCUCGAUAAUAAUAAUGAGGCCAUUCAACGAUCAAAAAUGUUUUCGGAUAAAAGAGGUCUUGUUCCAUUUGAACAUGUUUUAUAUCCUCGUUCUGGUGCUACCGUUGCUGCCUUAGAUGUAUUACGCGCAAAUUUAGAUGCCGUUUAUGAUGUAACGGUGAUGUAUUCCGAUACGUAUGAUAAUGAAAACCAACGAAGAUUAUCAGCACCAUCCAUGCCUGAAUAUUGCGAAGGCAAAUCAUCUUCUCUUCAUUUACAUAUAAAACGGAUACCAAUCAAUAAUAUUCCAUUGAGUGUCGAACAAGUCUCAUCUUGGCUAUACGAUCGAUUUGUUGAAAAAGAUCGGAUACUUGGUCAAUUUUAUGAAUAUGCGCAAUCUUCCUCAUUUAAAAGCAGUGAUAUUAUCAUAGAUGAAACCGAUCGUCCACUUCGUGUGACACUACCAUUAAAAGAAACAUUUUUUGCUUGUACUUUUAUAUCUAUGGCCACAGCACCAUUUCUUUUGACAAGUCAGGGGCGACAAAUGUACUGGAAAAUAUGGGCAUUUGGAACACCGAUUUGUUAUUUGUGGAUGAAACUUUUCUCUAAAGCGAGAUAA